AUGUCUCAGACUAACUGGGAAGCUGAUAAGAUGUUAGAUGUUUACAUCCAUGAUUAUCUUGUUAAGAGGGACUUGAAGGUUUCUGCUCAGGCUUUUCAAACCGAGGGAAAAGUAUCCUCGGACCCUGUUGCUAUUGAUGCUCCUGGAGGUUUUCUGUUUGAGUGGUGGUCGGUUUUCUGGGACAUAUUUAUUGCCAGGACUAAUGAGAAGCACUCCGAGGUUGCUGCGUCGUAUAUAGAGACUCAGUUAGUUAAGGCAAGGGAGCAGCAGCAGCAGCAGCAACCUCAACCGCAGCAGUUGCAACAUCAACAUCAGCAGCAACAACACAUGCAGAUGCAACAACUUAUGUUGCAGAGACAUGCUCAACAACAGCAACAGCAGCAACAACAUCAGCAACAACAACAGCCACAAUCACAGCAGCAGCAGCAGCCGCAACCACAACAACAACAACAAAGUAGGGAUAGGGCUCAUCUCUUAAAUGGUAGUGCAAAUGGGUUAGGUGGAAACCCAGGCACUGCAAAUGCAAUAGCAACAAAAAUGUAUGAGGAAAGGUUAAAAGUACCCCUUCAGAGGGAUUCUUUGGAUGAUGCAGCGAUGAAGCAGAGAUUUGGUGAGAACAUGGGUCAACUCUUGGACCCAAGUCAUGCCUCAAUAUUGAAGUCAGCUGCAACUUCUGGUCAGCCUUCAGGGCAAGUUUUGCAUGGCGCUGCUGGUGGGAUGUCUCCACAAGUUCAAGCUCGUAGUCAGCAAUUACCAGGGUCUACAACGGAUAUGAAGAGUGAUAUAAAUUCUGUUUUAAAUCCCAGAGCUGCAGGUCCUGAAGGAUCACUUUUAGGAAUUUCUGGAUCGAAUCAAGGAAACAACAAUUUGACUUUGAAAGGGUGGCCACUCACAGGUUUGGAGCAUCUACGUUCGGGUCUACUCCAGCAACAAAAGCCUUUCAUGCAGUCUCCUCAGCCUUUUCAUCAACUACAAAUGUUGACACCACAACAUCAGCAACAACUUAUGCUUGCACAACAGAAUUUGACAUCACCAUCUGUAAGUGAAGAAAGUAGAAGGCUGAGAAUGCUACUGAAUAAUAGGAAUAUUGGCCUAAAUAAGGAUGGUCUUUCGAACCCCGGGGCUGAUGUGUUAUCAAAUGUUGGAUCACCUCUUCAUGGUGGCGGCCCUCCAUUUCCUCGUGGAGAUACAGAUAUGCUAAUGAAGUUGAAACUGGCUCAGCUACAGCAGCAACAGCAGCAGCUUCAACAACAGUCGAGCAUCAGUGCACAGCAGCAGCAACUUCAACAGCACACUCUUUCAAAUCAGCAGUCUCAGACUUCAAAUCAUAGCAUGCACCAGCAAGAUAAAGUAGGGGGAGGUGGUGGUAGUGUCACCAUGGACGGUAGCAUGUCAAACUCAUAUAGAGGAAAUGAUCAGGUUACAAAAAACCAGAUUGGAAGAAAGAGAAAGCAGACUGUAUCUUCUUCAGGUCCUGCAAAUAGUUCAGGAACAGCAAAUACAGCGGGUCCUUCACCAAGUUCAGCACCCUCAACACCCUCAACUCAUACUCCUGGAGAUGCUAUGUCAAUGCCUGCUUUGCCUCAUAAUGGCAAUUCUUCGAAGCCUCUAAUGAUGUUCGGUACUGAUGGCACCGGGACUCUUACAUCACCUUCAAACCAGUUGUGGGAUGAUAAGGAUCUUGAAUUGCAGGCUGAUGUCGAUCGCUUUGUGGAUGAUGGAUCCCUAGAUGAAAAUGUAGAGUCUUUCUUAUCGCCAGAUGAUGCAGACCCUAGAGAUCAUGUUGGCCGUUGUAUGGAUGUAAGCAAAGGCUUCACAUUUUCGGAUGUAAAUUCUGUACGUGCAAGCUCAAGCAAAGUUGCCUGUUGCCAUUUCUCAUCUGAUGGAAAAUUACUUGCAAGCGGUGGACAUGACAAAAAGGCUGUUAUAUGGUACACUGAUUCUCUAAAACAAAAAGCUACUCUUGAAGAACAUUCAUCUUUGAUAACUGACGUCCGUUUCAGUCCAACCAUGCCGCGUCUAGCAACAUCUUCCUUUGACAAAACUGUCAGGGUUUGGGACGUUGACAAUCCUGGGUAUUCACUUCGCACAUUUACGGGGCAUUCCGCAUCUGUUAUGUCACUAGAUUUUCACCCAAAUAAAGAUGAUCUUAUCUGCUCUUGUGAUGGUGAUGGUGAGAUACGAUAUUGGAGUAUAAACAACGGAAGUUGUGUUAGAGUCUCCAAGGGUGGCACUACCCAGAUGAGAUUUCAACCUCGUCUAGGGAGGUACCUUGCUGCAGCUGCCGAGAACAUUGUGUCUAUACUUGACGUGGAGACACAGGCAUGCCGGUAUUCAUUGAAGGGUCAUACAAAGACUAUAGAUUCUGUAAGUUGGGAUCCAUCCGGGGAGUUGUUGGCAUCAGUGAGUGAGGACUCGGUUAGGAUUUGGACUCUUGGAACAGGAAAUGAAGGGGAAUGCGUUCAUGAGCUUAGCUGUAAUGGAAGUAAGUUUCACUCAUGUGUUUUCCAUCCAACAUAUCCUUCACUGCUCGUCAUCGGCUGUUAUCAGUCAAUGGAGCUUUGGAACAUGGCUGAGAACAAGACAAUGACUUUGUCUGCUCAUGAUGGUUUAAUUACUGCCUUGGCGGUUUCAACUGUAAAUGGUUUGGUAGCUUCUGCCAGUCAUGACAAGUAUAUCAAGCUCUGGAAGUAA